AUGUCGGCGCCUCAGGCGGAGCUGGGCCCCGAGGGCGCGGGCGGCAAGCGGAGGCCGCACGGGAUGCUGAAGCUCUACUACGGGCUGCCGGACCCGUCUGGGGAGGCGUUGGCGGGACCGGCCAGGGGGGAUCUCGGGGGCCCCACCGACAUAAACGGCCCCCACUUCGACCCGGAAGUCUUCCUCACCAAGCUGCGAAAAGAAUGCCCCCUGGCCCAGCUGAUGGACUGUGAGACGGACAUGGUGAAGCAGAUCCGAUCCUUGGACAGUGACAUGCAGACUCUAGUCUAUGAAAAUUACAACAAAUUCAUCUCGGCCACAGACACAAUCCGUAAGAUGAAGAACGACUUCAAGAAGAUGGAGGAUGAGAUGGACUGCUUGGCAGCAAACAUGGCCGUCAUCACGGAGUUCAGUGCGAGCAUCAGCAGCACCUUGCAGGAUCAACACGAGCAGAUCACCAAACUGUCCGGCGUUCACGCGCUUCUACGCAAGCUGCAGUUCCUGUUUGAGCUGCCGGCCCGCCUGACCAAAUGUGUGGAGAUGGAGGCCUAUGGGCAGGCUGUGCGAUACUACAGCAAGGCCCGCUCCAUCCUCCACCAGUACCAACACAUGCCCUCCUUCCGGGGCAUCCAGGAUGACUGCCAGAAGAUUAUGGCUGACCUCGCUCAGAAGCUGCGUGAGAAAUUCAGGGAUGGGGGCUCUUGCGCCAAGGACUUAGCGGAGUGUGUGGAGCUGCUGCUGCAGCUGGGUGAGCCUGCCGAGGAGCUGUGCGACGAGUUCCUCUCUCAUGCCUGCUGCCGCCUGGAAGCUGAGCUGCGAGCCUUGGAGGCGGAGCUGGGCGAGGGGCAGCUGGCCACCCCAGCCACCGACAUCCUGGAGUUCACUGACCGCGGCUGCAACAACUUUGUCAGCAACAUGUGCCUGGUGAUUGCCUCAUACCAAGAGCUGUUUGUAAGCCGGGAGGGGGCCCGUGAGAUUGCCGGCAUGGCCCACGACAAGCUGGUGGCCUUUGUGGACAGCCUGAUGGAGCGCUACUUUGCCCUGGUGGAGAGGCGCAUCCAGCUGGAGCGGGGUGUGGGCGACAACUCCCUGCUGGUGCGGGCCCUGGACCGCUUCCACCGCCGCUUGCAGGCUUUGGUCAAGCUCUUGCCCACCUCGCGGUCAGCGGCGGAGGGCACAGAAAUCGUGGUGCGGGCGGCCAAGGAGCGCAUCCGCCAGUACCUACAGGCCCUGCAGAGCUUCUACCUGGACUGCUUGACGGACGUGCGCCAGUCCUUGGCGGCUCCUCGGCUCAUGGGGAAGGACAGCCCCAACCUGGCAGAGCUGCUGGGCACCAUCUCAGCCUCCAUCCUCAACCAGAUCAAGUCUGUGCUCACCUACGUCCACCUCUUCACUGCCAAGGACAUCACUUUCUCUAACAAGCCGUAUUUCAAGGGGGAAUUCUGCAGCCAGGGUGUCCGCGAAGGCCUCAUUGUCAGCUUCAUCAAGUCCAUCUGCCAGACAGCCCGGCAGUUCUGUGAAAGCACUGGCGACAAGGGGGGCUCCACGCCCCCCACCCUGCUGCUGCUCCUCUCCCGCCUCUGCCUGGACUACGAGACCUCCACCAUCAGCUACAUCCUCACGCUGACAGAUGAACAGUUUCUGGUGCAGGACCACUCUCCUGUCACCCCUGUCACUGGCUUGUGUGCUGAAGCCCGGGAAGCUGCCCAGAAGCUGCUGAACCACUACGUGAAGGUGCAAGGCCUGGUGAUCUCUCAGAUGCUGCGCAAAAGUGUUGAGACGCGGGAUUGGAUCACCACCAUUGAACCCCGCAAUGUCCGUGCCGUCAUGAAGCGUGUGGUGGAGGAUGCCACCUCCAUUGAUGUUCAAGUUGGGCUUCUCUAUGAGGAAGGUGUGCGCAAAGCCCAGAGCAGUGACUCCAGCAAAAGGACCUUCUCCGUCUACAGCAGCUCCCGGCAGCAGAGCCGCUAUGCGCCGAGUUACACGCCCAGCGCUCCCAUGGAUACCAACCUGCUGAGCAAUAUACAGAAGCUUUUCUCAGAGCGCAUUGACAUCUUCAGCCCUGCGGAGUUCAACAAGGUCUCUGUGCUUACCGGCAUCAUCAAGAUCAGCCUGAAGACGUUCCUGGAGUGUGUCCGCCUGCGAACUUUUGGCCGCUUUGGCCUGCAGCAGAUCCAGGUGGACUGUUACUACCUGCAACUCUACCUGUGGCGUUUUGUCUCUGACGAGAACCUGGUGCACUUCUUGCUGGACGAGAUUGUGGGAAGCACAGCCCACCGCUGCCUUGACCCCGUGCCCAUGGAGCAGAGUGUCAUUGAGGUCAUCUGUGAGCGCGGCUAGGGCACGAGGAGGGGGCUGGAUCGGGGGGAGGGCAGCCAUGUGUCUGCACUCUUGUUCCUUGCCAGGUACUGGGAAAAGGGGAAUGUCUGGCAGGUGAGACCUCAAAAUAUGUCAAUGUGGUUGUGAUAAAUAAAGAAUAACUUAAACCG